UGAUAAUUCUGUUUUAUUAUUAGAUCAAAAUAAUCAUGUCAGAUGUAAUGACGACUCAGCUUGUGCAAAGCCUUAAAGGCUACUUUAAGAAAGAAGAAUUUAGUGACAAAAUUUUGCAUAUCAUUGAAAUCGAAGAUGUUAUGAAAUCAGAAGGAACGAAUAAAAAGCGCAAGAUUGAUUCUUCAGGGAAAAAUACUCCUGGAGUAUCUCCAAAAAAAUCGAAAGUAAGCUUGUCACAAGAUUCUGGUGUAUCUUCAGAUGAAAGUCCCACUAUACCACCUACACCUUUUUUAUCUUCAACUCCGAUAAGUCCUAAAAGAUUGAAGAUCAAUUGUAUCAAUUCUGAAUCACCUAGUGGAAGCAGAAUGGUGCCAGUGACUGAAAGAGGUAACCAAACACCAAAUGAUGAUCCUGGAAUAGAUGAUUUGCGCAAAGUUUUUGAUGGCCUAGCAUUUUCAGUAUUGCGGCAUGUUAGCACUUCUGUUUGUGAAGAAAUUCGGAACAAUGGUGGAACUAUCUUUUCUACUACAAAGAACUGUGAUUAUAUUAUCACUGCUUAUGCUAACAAUAACAAAAAGAAAAGUGACACACGAGAACGGACUGUUAAGUGGAUCCAUGAUUGUAUCAGAGACAAGGAGGUUAAAGCUUCCUUUUUAGAUGUGAUGUACCGACCUGUUCAGCUUAAAUCAAAACCCUUGUCUGGUUGUGUCAUUUCUUUUGAUCAGUUUGAUAAAGAAGAAAAGGAGAGUUUAAUUAAGCUGGUAGAUUGCCUCGGUGCUUCUUGGCAGGAGAUGGUUUUUGCAAAGCAUAAGAAUAAUUCAUUGACUGCCAGUACUCAUUUGAUUAUGCAGAAAAAUGAAGGCUUACAAUACAAUACUGCCAAGACAUGGGGCAUAACAUGUGUUUCAAAGGAAUGGAUUUUAAAGUGCAUCGAAACACAAAGUAAAUAUCCCGAGGAAAGAUUUCUGAUUAAUGAUGGCGGCAUUGAUGUCAAUUCUAAUUUGAUAUCUUUUAAUGAAAGUGGUGCAAUGACAACAUAUUCCACAUUUCCUGUGCAUUCUUUAAUUUUGUGUAUCAAUAGUCCAUACUUUAAAACACUGAUUUCAGAUUCAGGCAUGAAAGAAACAAAACAAAGAGAUAUAAUUGUGAAGGUGAACGCUGGUGAGGGAAAAUAUCUGGAGCUUCUGAUUAAUUCAUUUUAUGAUCAAGACAUUUUGAAAGACAUGGAUCCAUUGGAUUUGUUGAAAGUUCUCGAAAUUGCAGAUCGUUAUCUUUGUGAUGUUUUCAUUAAACGUGGGUUGGUUUUGUUGAAAAAACUAAAUAUUAAAUCUGUUAGUCAGUGUAACCUCAUUUUGGAGCAUAUCCUGAUGUUUGAGUCACUUGGAUCUCUCUCCACAAGUGAAACCUACACCUCUAUGAAACAAUUUUGCUCCAGAUUUUUAGCAGACCUUUUUUUGCCACUUGAAUCAAAAAUCGAAAAGCAUGAGUUAUUCGAAACAAUGACCUUUGACACUCUAAUGUUAUUGCUCAAAUCUGGAAGGCAGUUCUUGUGGAGUGAAAAUAGUGUCAUAUAUUUUGUUGUGAAUUGGUUGGCUUACGACAGUGAGCGCCAAACUGAAGAAAAUAUUCAAUCAAUUUUGUCAGAAUGUCGAUAUGAGCAAAUGACACCAGAAUUUUUAAGGGAUGUUUUGUCACCAAACCAUACAAUUCUCUCAAAGUGGAAGGACUAUAUUAAAUGGUAUAUCGAUGCUCUGUCCUUUCAUGCCCUGUCACCUAAGUGUCGUAAGCUUAGAGAUUUUCCUCCUGCCAGAAAAAAUCGUUCCCUGAAUUGCACGAAAACAGAUAUUCAACAUUGUAUGAUUAAACUUUCAUAUGUUGACAGUGGGAUGUUUAAGCAGUCUUGGGUUAAUUACAGAAAUAUUGUCUUUCAUGGUCAUGUUUUAACACCAGCAAUCAUUGUCACACAGACCGAUGAGAAUGAUUCAUAUGGUGUCAAGCUACAUUUGUAUUUAGGAUCUUCAUGUCAUGAAAAAGUUAUGGAGAAGUUUUAUCUGGCAUUUGAUAUUGCAUUUGCAAUAUUGCCUGGCGAUAAUAAAUAUGAAACUGACUCUUUGUUUUGCCAUAGCUCAUCUUCGUUUAUUGCUCAACAUUACCGACCUUUAAAAAUUAAAUUUGACACAAAAAAUCUUGCUAAGAAAUCUGUAGGAACUAUAGAUUCAAAACUGUAUUCAAAGUUCAGGGAACACGGCAUGUGUGUUAGUGUAGGAUUCAAAGCUGCUGAUGUAAGUGCUUGGCCUCAGUUUAUGAAGUCCUUUCACAGUCUGAUGCAUGCUGGUGCAAUGCACCGAAAAUCAACUGAUCAAUUUGGACAAUAUGAUUUGUAUUGAAUCAAUAUUUAUUUGUGAGUAUUUAUGUGUAUCUGUUCUCCUUUUCACAUGCUUCAGAAAAUGGAUACACAUUUUCCUAGUGGGUUUGUUGUAUAUAUUAUAUAUAUCGUAUAUAUUAUUUUAUGAGUUAUUUAAUUCCGAAACAAAGUCAGAAAACUUCCGGAAAAGUACUAAAAUUU